AUUUUUGUUUGAUCGCGUCAGCGCAUUAACUCGUUACGGUCUGCUUGAACUGCGCUUCCAGAAUCUGCUUCUUAAAGCAUGGCUGCUCGUGCAUUUAGAAAGUUUGCCCCGCUUUCUGAUCGAGUGUUGGUACAACGUUUUGAGGCUGAGACCAGAAGUAAAGGUGGGAUCAUGCUACCAGAAAAAGCGAAAGGCAAAGUGCUCGAAGCAACUGUAGUUGCACAUGGUCCAGGAGCAAAAAAUGAAAAAGGCGAAGUAGUCCCAGUUUGUGUCAAUGUUGGUGACAAAGUUUUUCUCCCUGAGUACGGCGGUACUAAAGUCGUUCUGGAAGACAGUUCACGACCAGGGAAGUCCUAUUCUCGUGUUUGGGGUGUGAUUUAUAAAAUCGGAAGAACAAAAAGUGAAUGUCCGUCUGGGAAUUGAAUCUGGUUGGUGGGGUACAGAGUAUCAAUCAACUCUCUCACUCUUAGUCUCUUCACUCGAGUAUCCUGUUAGUCUUGUGAAUAGACAAAUUGUGUAUGACACCAAAUCCUGAACAAUGGACAUCACAACAGAUAUCUAAAAGUGGUUUAUGCCUGACAAAAAUUUU